UUCUUCACAGCGAGCUCGCUCUCUCCCUCAUUUUUCUGCUUCAUAUUUGGAGAUUUGGGAUGGGUUACUUGCACCUAAACGCUUUUGGUAUCUGAUUCUGUUUUUGAUUCGGUUGGAUUAGUUUUUGAAAUCAAAACUAAGUUCUAAUAUUUGUUUUUAAAAAAACUAUUUAUUGCCCAGAUUUUUAUCCGGUGACUAAAUUUCCGUGCUUUUUGUAUUUGGGAUAUUUAUUCUUUCGAUUCGAAGAGGAACCUAUUCUAUAUCUUACUUUGGUGAUUGUUUGAUCCAUCUUGAAUUCUCUUCAGUCAUUCUUUACAUAGAAUUGUCGCCAAAUUUUCCUUAUCAGAGCUUUAAGAGAGUGAGUCAGGGAGAAAGAGCAGAGCGAAUACAUAUUAGUUUAGGUUUUUUAUUUAUUUUUGGUAUAUGAUGGUUUCUAAGAAUAGUUUACGCGAUGGAUCAGGGUUUUAUUUUAUCAGAACAAGAUAAUUCAAGCCUGGCUUAAGUCGUUCUGGGUUGCAAAGAUUUGGGAAGAAAGAUGAGGAAGAUGUUGUCGAUGAAUCCGCAACUUCAAGGCCUUAUCUUUCUAAAGCUUGGGAGAUUUUGGAUAGAAGAAAGUUACAGAACCCAUUGAUGAAUUGGAAAAUUUCUACCUUCAUAGUAUGAAAUGGUGGGCUCAUUCCAUUGCUUCAAUGGAACGUAACGUCUCAUUUUCCACGUCAGUUAUCGGUACGCAAUUGUUUACGCGAGCGGCCUGCAUUCAGACUUUUCCUGAUAUAUUUGAUAAGUAAAAUAUUUAAUUAUAUUAUUAUAUUAUAAAAACAAAAUAAUUAUAGUGAUAAUAACAUUAUUAUUUGUAAGGAUGUUGCUAAUGCCGCCACCAAAUGGGGUCUUAUUAACGAUGAUAACAGAACAACCUGUCGACUCUCGCCAACCACAUCUAUCAUUACAACAGAUUACGAGGACAGCAACUUGGCAAAAUAAUAAUAAUAAAAAUAAUAAUGAAGACGACGACGACGACUGCACCAGCUUUGCUAGCUAUAGCGGGUUUGGUUUUGGUUGGCGGAAGUUCACAUGGUUCUCACUUGGCGCCAUUGAGAUGUAGAGGAAAAGAGGUAAAAAAGCAGUAGUACCCACAAAAGACAUUUAAGAAUAGAGAAGGAUCAAGAACAGCCUUGAAAAUCUCCAUCCCUUAAAUUUAUUGAUCGCCGUCAUAAUUACUCAUGUCAUCUUUGUGAACCAUAUAUUAGAUUUAGAGAAAUUUUGCCGUUCUGAACAUUUUCGAUCUCCGUUGUUGGUUUUUUGGAAAGCAUUUUGCGGUGGUCAGAUGGACGGGAGUACUACCAGAAAAAGAAGCUUGCUAAAAGUGAUUGUCCUUGGUGAUAGUGGGGUGGGAAAGACAUCUUUGAUGAAUCAAUAUGUUUAUAACAAGUUCAGUCAACGAUAUAAAGCUACAAUUGGUGCUGAUUUUGUCACAAAAGAAGUACAGAUUGAUGAUAAACUGGUCACUUUACAGAUUUGGGAUACAGCAGGGCAGGAAAGGUUUCAAAGUCUAGGGUCUGCAUUUUAUAGAGGGGCCGAAUGUUGUGUUCUUGUAUAUGAUGUAAAUGCACAUAAAUCAUUUGAAACACUGAACACUUGGCGUGAAGAAUUCCUUAAACAGAUCCGGCUGCACCCGGCAACUUUCCCUUUAUAUUACUUGGAAAUAAGAUUGACAAAGAUGGUGGAAACAGCCGAGUGGUUUCUGAAAGGCAAGCUAAGGAGUGGUGUGCUUCCAGGGCAAAUAUACCUUACUUUGAGACUUCAGCGAAAGAGGGCUACAACGUUGAUGAAGCAUUUCUGUUUGUUGCUAGAGCUGCACUAGCUAAUGAACAAGGAUGGGAUUUAGACAGUUACUUCCAGGGUCUCUCAGAAUCUUUAUCAGAUAUUGAACGGAGAGGAUCUUGUGCAUGCUAAACUUGGUUUCCAUGGAUUGGAUCCUUCUAUCAAGCAUCUACUGCUGUUAUAAUUCUUUUAUUGCUGUUGUUUUUAUUACCAAUUUUUAGGUGAUAGGAGGAGGUGUUUUAUCCUUUUCAAAUAUUCUAAUAUAUAUCAGUAUAGUUUUUAGAUGGUAAUUAUGCUGCUAAUCGACAAAGCGACCAAGUUGGUGUGACAUAAAAACCUGCAAAUUCUUGUACUCGAUCAACAUUAAUGCGUGUUUGUCUGCAAAGUUGUAAAUUAUCAUUGUUUUCUGA